AUGUAAUAAUGCGAAAUAGAAUGUUGUGAUAAAGGAAUAGUGAUUGAUGGAGAAUGCCUUUGCGAUGUUGGUGCAUUUGGGGAGGAGUGUUAGAAGAAUUUAUAGGACAUUUUCAUUGGUCCAUAUUAUACAUUCUAAGGUGUUUACUGUGCUGCUUUUGUGAUUAUUCUCUUUAUAACUAUUCGAUAAUUUUAGGUCUCUUUAAAGACAUCAAAGAUACCAGCCUAUUACACUUGUCUGCAAUAUGCCCUUGCUUUAAUAGGGUCACCUUAGAAUUACAUCCUUGUCCUAACGAUAAUAUUAUCUCUUUGCAAAUUGAUUUGGCUGAUUCUCGAUCCUUUUGAAGUUUAUAAAGGGAAGACGAUCGUAAUAGAGAGAUUGUUAUCAGAAGUGGUUUACACAAUAUUAUUUUACAUUUAUGGGUGUCUCUUGAUUGUUUGGUAUACAAUGUAUGAUGAAAUCUCAUACAAUGUAUAUUCUAACAAAGAGAAAAGGAAGUACAUCUUCAAAUAUUACAAAGAAGUGUUAAAGUUAAGACUGUUUAUAGUCCUUUUAGUUUAGAUUACAGUCAGUACAAUGAAUGGUAUCGAUUUUCAUAUUAUAAAAUUAGGACUAAGGAAAGGUGUGUAAUAUCCUGCAUUUUUGAUGUUCUGUUAUCUUUUUCUAUUGUUCAAUUUCUUUAUUUUCAUACUUGAAUUUUUGAUUUAUGGGCAAUCUCUUCAGGAAUGUAUUAAGAAAUAAAUUCAGAAUUGCAAACACUAAUUCCUUGAAUAGUAGAAGUAAAAUAAUGAAUAAAUUGAAUAAAUUUCUUAAAAUGAUAGCUUUAGCAAGUCUCCAGAAUCCAUGAAUAAGUAUGUCAGGAUGUCUAGAUAAGUGAGUAUUGAAGAUUAGAAAAAUGAAGUCAAAUAAAUUGAAGAAGUUAAACCUAAAUUAGCUGUUACUAAAAUAAAAUCGGUAUCCUUUGCUAGAACUUUUAUUAAACGAGUACGUGGUUCAUCUUUUUUUAGAUAGGAAAGCUAAAAGGAAAUAAAAUAAAUCAAAAAUCAAGAUAACAAUUCUGAUUCAAAUCAGGUGGAUAACCAAUAUUAGGCAGAUUAACAAGUGUGUGAGAUCAAUAGUUGUUGUUUAUAAGAGGAUUAAUAAAAUGGUAUAGAUUGGGAAAAUAAUGAUGAUAGAGUAACCUAAUAAGAUACGAUUAAAUAAUAAAUUAAAUCUGUGAAAGAGACCAAACAAAUUGUUGAAAAGAGAAAACAAUAAGAGAAAUCAACUCCAUUAUUCAAAUCAAAAUAACAAAAUGAAAAUAAGAAAUUAAGUUAAAUCAGUAAUAGUUCUCAAGACCAGAAGACUCAGUAAAUUCACUAUCAGUCUGAUGAAUACUAGGAAUAGUAUAAUAAUAAAUCUGCUAAUUUAGCUAUUGACAGAUAAAUUUUAUUUAAAAUCCAAUUAUUAGUUUAUUUUGGAAUUCUUUUUGAAAUUCUAUUUGGAGGCUUAAGUAUUACUGUCCUAGUAACUGAUUUAAUAAGAGAUCCAGUGGGUCAACUUAUAUAUUUGUACGGAUCAUCAACACUGCAAUUUUUUUCUUUGAUUACAGUUCUGAAACUAUUUCAUGAUAUCAAGAGGUAAGAAAUAAAGAAUCUUAUUUGGAUUUAAAAAGUAGGCAACAAAAAAAAUAAAAUUAAUCAAGAUUUUAUCUUUACAAUUCCAGAAGAUUAAAAGGAUGAUGAAUAAAAAUUAAAAUUAGAAUAGAGGAUAAAUAUGAUUACUCUAUAUUGA